CUAGUUUAGAAUUGCAGUAGUUGUUUUCUUUAAGACGUUUCGUAACCUAUUAAUUUGUUCUUUUGCAAUAUUUUUCGACAAUAAAAACAUUCGGAAUAUGGAUCCCGCAUUACUUCGUGAACGCGAGGCUUUUAAGAAGAGAGCACUUGCCACACCAGUGGUUGAAAAUAAAAAGAAAAAAGAAGUGACAGAGGAUGAAACAAAAAAGAAACCAAAAGCACCACCAAAAUCCACUGCUGUGGCACCCCGGAUAGAUGCUACAAACUACAAGCAUAUGUCAGGGAGCUCCCAAUAUAAAUUUGGUGUAUUAGCCAAAAUUGUGAAGCACUUGAAAACGUUACACCAGGAUGGCGCUGACCAUGCAUUAACUUUAGAAGACAUCCUUGAUGAAACUAAUCAACUUGAUGUUGGUAUGAAAAUUUCACAGUGGUUGAGAACCGAAGCUUUGGCUAGCAAUCCAAAGAUUGAGGUGACCUCUGAUGGAAGGUACAUGUUCAAGCCACCUUACAGAAUCAGGGACCGCAAGGGUCUACUGAAGCUCUUAAGACAAACUGAUCUAAAAGGCUUUGGAGGUAUUCUUCUGGAUGACAUUCAAGAAUCCUUACCGAACCACGAAAAGAUUUUGAAAAUACUGGACAAAGAUAUUGUCUACAUCACCAGGCCCAUUGAUAAGAAGAAAAUACUGUUUUACAACGAUAAGACGGCCCACAUGCCGAUCGAUGAAGAAUUCCAGAAGCUUUGGCGAUCAGUUGCCGUUGAUGGAAUUGAUGACAAUAAAAUUGAAGAAUAUUUAGAGAAGCAAGGCAUUCGUUCAAUGCAGGACACUAGCCUGAAAGUCAUGCCCAAGGUAAAUCUCAAACGAAAAGCUGCAGCCAAGAAGCGUACGUUUAAGAAACCUCGUGACAAUGAACAUCUCAAAGAAAUUUUGCAAGAAUAUGAAUAAUCGUGAAAUCAUUUCAUACCCGCAUUGAUGACAUUUUAAUCGGUAUUUUACAAGAAAACGCAGAACCGAAGAUUUGAAGCAAAAAAAAAAAUAAUAAAACACCUCAAUAAAAAUCGUGUUCCUAAAA